ACAGACUUGUGAUGAUUUUAUGAACACAGCGCGUCAAGAAUUUGCAAAGGACUCGCGAAGGUCUAAGAACAAAAGCAGCGGUUUUCCUAACAGAAAAACGCCCCUCUUGUCCUUAAAACUCGGCGCCAACUCUGCAAAAUUUUGACAUGAUGUGAACAUACAAUUCUACUAUUCCAUCCAAGCAUUCCCAGCAACAUGGCGAUAUGGCAAUGCGAGUAAUUUCUUUCGAGCAACAAAAAUUUAUUAAAUAUAUCAAAAGAAAGAGCGCAUUACGAUUAGAAAUUAUCGCAGCAAAACGGAUUAUUUACAUACGUGGAUUAUUAAAACUCAUUGCAAUUGGAAGUGCUGACAGAUUACUGCCAAAUUCCGAUCAGAUGUGUCUCCAGAAGCGUCGACAGACUGUUAUCAAACGCAGAUCAGAUCUGUCACAAGAAGUGUUGACAGAUUGCAACCAAAAGCUUACCAGAUCUAUCUCCAGAAACGUCGACAGAUUGUUAUCAAACGCAGAUCAGAUCUGUCGCUAGAAACGUUGACAGAUUGCGACCAAACGCAGACCAGAUAUGUCUCCAGAAGCGUCGACAAAUUGGCGACAAAUAUGUAAAACUUAAGAUCCGUAUUUACAGUCGGAAUUCUACCGGAGAAUCUGUUACAGCUAUGCUUCAGCUUUCAUACUGAGAUAAUAUAUAAUACGUGUGAUGUUUAGCUUCGACUAAUUGAAGUGAAAAGCAAUUACAUUGCUUUUCACUGCAAUAGACGCUACACAGUGUACGCAUAAUGUUAUCUCAAUAUGAAAGCUUAAGCACAGCUGUAACCAAUUCUCCGGUACAAUCCCGACUGUGAAUAUGGAUCUUACGUUUUACGCAUAUCUGUAUCGCCAAUCUAUAUAUAAUAUAAGCUUAAACGGCUAAUAUUAUAUAAGAAAGGGACUUCAAUAGAAUUACAUAAAACAUUUACAUCGAGUUGUUUAAUACAAUUAUUUAAUAAAAAAGUUUAUAUCAUUCUCUUCAUGGAAAUUACAAUAUGUAUUACAUAUUUUUAACUAUCACCUCUACAUCCACAAUCCAUUUAAACUGAUUGGAGGCCUGAUUUACAAUUCGCUUUUGAAUCGAUACAUUCAACUUGAAAGAUAUCGGACAAAUCCGACAGUGCGGAUUCAAACUCGGAACUCUCAUUUA